AAUUUCAAUAAUUACUAAUUUAUUAGUAGAUUUAUUUGUUUAUUAUUAUUAUUAAACAAUGAAUUUUGUAGUCAAUAUAUGCUGUCUGUUGGCCAUCGGCUCUAUCAUUGGUUUAGUGUCUUCACUAUCCAUUUAUGAGCGCCUGUAUGCAGAUAUCGAUGCUCUGGAUUCACCCAUUGAAAAUUGUUUGCUUAAAAUCAAUCUAACUGCUGUCUAUUGUGUCCUAAAUGCACUGUCCGAUUGGGGUAUACCUAUCGACAAACCAAUUGAUUCAAAAUCGCGAAAAGGUUGUUGUGCUGCUUAUGAAGUAUUUGAUUGUCUUAUAGAGGCAGCAGAUCAAUUAUGUACUACCGAUGAAAGUCAAGUGUUUGAUAAAUUCAUUAGAGAUGCCAUUGUUGACGAACAACGGGUAAACUGUACGGCAUAUCCCUAUCACUCGGAAAUUUGUUCACUAAAUGCUACGAUUAUUGACUUGAAUUAACUCUAAUAUAUUUAUAACUAAUUAUUACUUUUAAAAAUAUCUAAUUUUUAUGUAACAGUACUAAAAUUAUUAUAAAAAU